AUGUCUUAUGAUCGGUAUUUAGCAAUAUGCAAACCACUGCACUAUGCAGUCCUUAUGAAUGGCAGCUUAUGCCUCCAGCUGGCAUCUGGGUCUUGGAUAAGUGGGCUUCUGGCUGGCACCACACCAAUGUCCUUCAUGUCACAGUUAUCUUUCUGUGGCCCCAAUAAAAUUGAACAUUUCUUCUGUGAAUCUACAAAAAUAAUAACUCUCUGCUGCAGUGACACCUACCAGCUAGAGCUUGUAACCACCAUCCUGGCUGCUUUGUUCACCCUGCCCCCAUUUGCAUUAACCCUGGCAUCCUAUGUUUGUAUCAUCUCCACCAUCCUGAGAAUCCCUUCCACCACUGGAAGGCAAAAGGCCUUUUCCACCUGCUCCUCUCACCUUAUCGUGGUGACAAUUUUCUAUGUGACCCUAAUCAUUGUGUAUCUGCUACCAAAAACCAACACACUGAGAGACCUCAACAAAGUGUUCUCUGUUUGCUACACAAUUCUGACUCCUAUGGUCAAUCCUUUCAUAUACAGCCUGAGAAACAGAGAGGUCAAGGAAGCCCUGAGAAAAAUUGUCAGUCACUAUUUUCACUACUGUGCGAACAACAUGAUCAAUGUCCAGGAAAUUUUUGCAGAGGGCCUCCUGAUGUAUGAAAAUACAGACAUUGAGAUAUGA